ACACACGUGUGUACAUAAACAAAUCUAAAUUGUCAUUUCAAAUUAGUCAAUUGCUGUCAUGCCGAAGAAUAAAGGAGGUGGCGGUGGAGGGAAAAGUGGAAAGGGGGGUUCAAAAGGAGCUGAGGGAGGUGGAGGUGAAAAGGAGAAAAAGGGUGGAACUGCUGUCAAAGUGAGGCACAUUUUAUGUGAGAAACAGUCCAAGGUUUUAGAGGCAAUGGAAAAAUUAAAAAGUGGGACAAAGUUCAAUGAAGUGGCAACCAAUUAUAGUGAGGAUAAAGCAAGACAAGGGGGUGAUCUUGGCUGGAUGACCAGAGGUAGUAUGGUGGGUCCAUUUCAAGAUGCAGCCUUUGCCCUUCCAAUUAGCUCUCUAGCCAAUCCCAAUUACACUGAUCCACCAAUCAAAACAAAGUUUGGCUAUCACAUCAUCAUGGUUGAAGGGAAAAAGUGACCCUUUGACCCAGACUUUAUACUUCACAUGUUGAAUUAAUGAAGUUGAUUCCUUUUUUUUUUGGGAUGAAAAUGAUUUUUUUCAAGAGUUGUAUUCCCAAUUUUUUGUGAAGAACACAAUGGAUAAGUUAAUGAUUUUACUUGGUAUGUUAUAUACAAAAGCUGUUGUCUUUACUGGUGUCCAAUUUCACCAACUCAAAUGCCUGUCUAUAUUGACUGUACUAGAUAACACUGUUACAUAUUCAUUUCCAUACUACUGAAGUGCAGCAGCAAACAGGAAUCAUCUUUGAUAAGUGUGAACAUCACCACAGAACUACGCUAACAAUGCAAUGGAGUAGCACUACAACCAUAACAAAUGAAGCCUUCAUUCUGUAUAGUGGCUAAAUAUUGGCCGAAUAUAGCAAACCUCUUGAAAAACAACACCUAUUUUGAAACAAUGCUACAAAGCUUCACACAUUCAGGGCUUAACAUUGGGGAGAAAAUGUGAUAAUAGACAAAUUGCCAUGUUUUAUUUUGGUUGAUAUUUUUUUCUGAGUAAUGAGUUAUGAGAGAUUAAAGGUUGUAGAAGACACAACUUAGAUAUAUAUUAGGAUAUGUUAGGUACAACUGUUAACCUUAUCUUCCUGUUGAUCAAGUAUUCUAUCUGAUGUUUGAUAUAUCUGUAUAUGUAUUGGACAAAGGUCAGUUGAAUAGUGUGUAUUAUAUUGGACAAUGCUCAAUAGUUUAUCUCUGCUUGGUUGUUACAACUGAAUCACACAUGUUGUCUAUAACAUCUAACAAUGAUGAGUUACACUUAUUUACUGUAUAAUUUACUGGAAUCCAAUUACACAGUAAAACAGGUUGCUUGCAUGUGAAGGAAAAUGAAAGUUAUGUAACAAUAAAGAUAAAAUUAUAAAUUCUAAAA